AUGAGGCGUAUCUUUCUGCCCUGGGCAGCCUCAGCUCUCUUCCUGCUGGGACAUGUGAUGGCUUCAGAAGAAACGGAGCUGGGAGAAGCAUUGCAGCUUCAAAUCAUCAACUUUAAUUUCGAAACUGUGAAGGUUACAUGGAAUGCAAGUGAAUACCCUGGGACUAAUUUGACAUUCCUCCAAAAGUUAAGAAGCAAUGAGACAUACAGACCAUGCUCCAAGUAUACCCUUCAACAAGGUUACACAGCCGGGUGCCUCUUGGAGGUAGAAAAAGAUGAUGUUCUACAAUUUUCCAUCAGGAAUGGAACACACCCUCUUCUCACCAAGAGACUAUGGAUCAGCAGUUACCUGAAACCCAGAUCCCUGAGUGAUCUGAGCUUCCAGUGGCAUCAGGGAGCAGUGACAGUGACUUGCUCUGACCUGCGGUACAAAGAUCUCGUGUAUGAAAUCCAGCACAAGAGCACCUUUGACACCGGGUGGCAGUCCAAGGAGGCAAAAACCUGCAAUGUCACGCUCGACAGUUUGGAUGCUGAGAAGUGUUAUUUCUUUCGGGCCAGAGUGAAAACGCUGGAGUCCAGCUACGGCUCUGACACAUACCCAAGUGACUGGUCAGAGGUGAUACACCAGCAGAGGGGCAAGCUAACAGAUUUGUGCCAGAAAAACAGCCUUUUCUCAAAUUUUAUCUUAAUUGCUGGCAUGGUCACCUUCCUGAUAGCCUCCCUUCUCUUUCUGCCUUUAUGGAAACUACGGAGGGUUAAGAAGGUUCUCAUGCCCAGUGUGCCGGAUCCCAGAUUCACCUUCUCUGGGCUCUUUGAGUCUCACCAAGGUAACUUCCAGGAGUGGAUCAAGGACACGCAGAACGUGGCUCACGUGAAUAAGAUGGAAGACGGGGAGUGGGAGUCUAUCCCGGAAGAGGCCGUGGUGGUCCAGCUGGCCGAGAUGCCCAAGACAGCGGUGACGAGCCCUGUGUACCGGCAGACAGCGGAGGAAGAGGCCACCGGGGAGCCCGGCCAGCUCCCUCGCCAGCCCCCCCAGGGCGGCGAGGUUGCCUCUCUCGGGGAUGUUACGUUUGUGAUGAGUGACAACUCAUAUGUGAUGUUCUGA